GGUUCCGUCUGCCAUCAUCACAAGUUUACAAUACACCAGUAAAUUGCCAGUAAAUCAUGGAGAACCCUCACGCCGAACGACAAGCAGUAUUACUAGAGCGUAUUCUCAAGAACGCUUCAGCGUGCACCGAGAUGAUCCUCGAGUUAAACCACUGUGUAGAGGAAAUACUUCGUGCCAAUGCUUCUGUGAAGAUUGCAGCAGAUUUGGCGACGAAAUACCGCAAAAAUGUCCAGUAUAAUCUAGCAGCGACAACUUUGCACUCGGAGGCUCCAUAACUAUCCAAGUUCCAUUUUGUCGAGUGUCCAAGAGUACGAUAUCUGAGUCGAUGAUCACGUUGCACACUAGAGCUUCGAGAUGGUUUGCGCGCAUACUCAACUUCCUUGUACCAAUCACUCGGCGCGCCUUUUUUUUUCGGAGUUGCUAAUGAGCCUACUGCUAGAGACGCCAUUUGGUACCUCAGCGCUCAGCAGCCGGCAUUCUCAUGCCCUUCAUCAAUAUGGGGCGUUGCUGUGAUUUCCUUAUUUGGACAAUGCAUAAUUUGCUUCUUAUUGUUACAUGCACUCUUAUUGUUCUUUACAAUAUGAAGCUUGUCCCUCGCUUGCCACGUUGAUAAUGGUGAUAUUUAAUGGGAUCCUUUGUCGAGCGAUCCCCUUUGUCUCUGG